AUUCCCGCCCUGCCCUUCGCCGCCUUUCGGUGGCGGGAACUCGGGCUGCUUGCUGAAGGCGGCAGCUGUUAAGUGUCCCUGCUCUGCCGCUCGGGGCUUCCCGGGCCUGAGAGUCUCAGCUUGGGGGACGGAGCUAAGACUUCGUGACCACCUCGCCCUUUCCCUGUCCCGGAAAUCUCAGGAACGAGCCGGCGGCGUCCUCGCUCUCGAUACGAGCGACUGAAAGGCCCAGGCACUGCCGGCGAACACGCGCAGGGAACCGGGGAGAACAGACCUGGUCAGGGUGAAGUAACCAUGCAGGCAUUUCUAAAAGGCGCAUCUAUCAGCACUAAACCACCGUCGACUAAGGAUCGAGGAGUAACUGCCACUGCCAGAAGUAGUGGAGAGAACAAGAAAGCCAAACCUGUUCCGUGGGUGGAAAAAUAUCGCCCAAAAUGUGUGGAUGAAGUUGCUUUCCAGGAAGAAGUGGUUGCAGUCCUUAAAAAGUCUUUAGAAGGAGCAGAUCUCCCUAAUCUCUUGUUUUAUGGGCCACCUGGAACUGGAAAAACAUCAACUAUUUUGGCAGCAGCUAGGGAACUCUUUGGGCCUGAACUUUUUCGAUUAAGAGUUCUUGAGUUAAAUGCAUCUGAUGAACGUGGAAUACAAGUAGUUAGAGAGAAAGUUAAGAAUUUUGCCCAAUUAACUGUGUCAGGAAGCCGUUCCGAUGGAAAGCCAUGUCCUCCUUUUAAAAUUGUGAUUUUGGAUGAAGCAGAUUCUAUGACCUCAGCUGCCCAGGCAGCUUUAAGACGUACCAUGGAGAAAGAGUCUAAAACCACCAGAUUCUGUCUCAUCUGUAACUAUGUCAGCCGAAUAAUUGAGCCUCUGACCUCUAGAUGUUCUAAAUUCCGCUUCAAACCUCUGUCAGAUAAAAUUCAGCAGCAGCGGUUACUAGACAUCGCUGAUAAAGAACAUGUCAAAAUUAGCAAAGAGGGAAUAGCUUAUCUUGUUAAAGUGUCGGAAGGAGACUUAAGAAAAGCCAUUACAUUUCUUCAAAGUGCUACUCGACUAACAGGUGGAAAGGAAGUCACAGAAAAAGUGAUCACAGAUAUUGCUGGGGUAGUACCAGCUAAGACAAUUGAUGGAGUAUUUGCUGCCUGUCAGAGUGGCUCUUUCGACAAACUAGAAGCUGUGGUAAAGGACUUAAUAGAUGAGGGUCAUGCAGCAACUCAACUUGUAAAUCAACUCCAUGAUGUGGUGGUAGAAAAUGAUAACCUUUCUGAUAAACAGAAGUCUAUUAUUACAGAAAAACUUGCUGAAGUUGAUAAAUGCUUAGCAGACGGCGCUGAUGAACAUCUGCAGCUGAUCAGCCUCUGUGCUACUGUGAUGCAGCAGUUAACUCAGAACUGCUAAAACUAUAUUCAGUAUGUAUUUCAUAAGCAAUUUAUAAUAAAAUAACCAAAGCACCCUUAAA